CCUGAAGUCAUCCAUGUCUUCUUUGAGCCAAAACAGUUCUGUAGUCACAGAAUUUCUCAUUGCUGGAUUCCCGGGAUUCAGAGACCAAGAAUCCAGGAGAACUCUGUUUGGAGUCUUCCUCACAGUUUACCUCUUCACUUUGGUGGGGAACAUUUUGUUAAUCACCAUUUUUAGUACCGACAGAACGCUGCACACCCCUAUGUACAUCUUAGUGUGUGGUUUGGCUGUUCUCGACAUUGCCAUCAGUACCAACACUGUGCCCAGUAUGCUUGUCCUAUUAAUAUUUGAAUACAGAAUUGUGCCUUUAGCUGCUUGUUUUACUCAGACAUUUUUCCUGACUGGACUUUUCUCAACAGAGUGUUUCCUUCUUACAGUAAUGGCCUACGAUCGCUUUAUUGCAAUCUGUUACCCACUUCACUAUCCUAAUUUAAUCAGUAACAGUCGCACCUCCAAGCUGAUACUUUGUUGCUGGGUGUUUGGGUUUCUUUGUGCAAGCAUUACUUUAGUUCUUUCUCUCAAAAUUUCAUUCUGCAAGCCGACUAAUGUUAUCUAUGUGUUUUGUGACUUUGGUUCGUUGUUGUUCCUAGGGUGUGGGGACAUUCAAAUUACUAAUUAUGCCAUAUUAAGUUUUCCCAUGAGUGUGUUGUUUAUCCCAAUGGCAUUAAUCCUUUUCUCCUAUAUACGGAUUAUAAUCUCAGUUCUCAGAAUUGCCAGUAAAGAGGGACGAAUGAAGGCCUUCUACACAUGUGGCACACAUAUGCUCGUGAUUUUUGUCUUUUUUCUCACUGCUGCUGGAGUCCUAAUUAUAGACAGGAUUCCGUCGACAUCUAAGGAUACCCGGAUUUUUGGACUCGCAGUACGCAAUGUGUUCCCAUCAUUAAUGAAUCCUGUAAUUUACUGCCUAAGGACCCAGCAGAUUAGAAGCAGUUUUCAUAAAAUUUUGAAGAACAUUAAUUGUUAAAUAAAAUUAAUA